AUGCUGUCCAGACCUUCCCUCUCGGCGUUUCACCUCUCACACGGGAUUGAUCUUGCUGCUAUGGCGGCUGAACAACGACGUGUUGGAUGCCCUGGCUAUGAGGCUGUUGACAGUCUUCAAUUAGUUGACGUCCCAUUGACCACCGGCACUGGCACAAUCCUUUGUGACGUAUCGACUCCUUUUCAUCGCCUUAUGUGCCUGCCUCGAUGCGUCGAGCUGUUUUUCAAACUGUCCACGGACUCUCCCAUCCUGGGAUUCGAGCCUCACAGAAGCUCCUCGCGGAUAGGUUCGUAUGGCCUGGGUUGAACAAGAAUGUGAAAGCUUGGACACGAUCGUGCCUUUGCUGUCAACUUUACAAGGUUCAACGCCACAACAAGUCUCCAUCGGGCACGUUCCCCAGCCCCGAUGCACGGUUCAACCAUUUGCAUUUAGAUGUCCUAGGUCCUUUACCUCCAUCCAAUGGCUAUACUCACCUUCUCACCUGCGUUGAUCGCUAUACCCGUUGGCCGGAAGCCAUUCCUUUACCGAACGUGCAAGCUGAGACCAUUGUGAAAGCCUUCGUAAGUGGUUGGGUCGCCAUAUUCGGUGCGCCAUCCAUGAUUACGACUGAUCCAGGCACGCAGUUUGAGUCCACACGUCUCCAAACUCUCCUCAAGUUCCUUGGCUGCACAUGUAUUCGGACGACGGCCUACCACCCAGCUGCCAACGGCAUAGUUGAGCGUUUCCACCGCCAGCUAAAAACUGCACUGCGUGCCGCAGAAGAUCCCGAAAACUGGUCAGACAAUGUACCCGUUGCACUUCUUGGCAUUCGUGCGGCACUGAAGUCAGACUUGGACUGCAGCGCAGCCGAAUUGGUUUUCGGCACUACCCUCCGACUCCCUGGUGAGAUGGCCACCCCAACCUCUCGUGGUGCCGAAGAGACCCCCGAAAAUUUUGUGCGUCGUCUGCGACAAUUCAUGCGCUCGCUUUCCCCGGUUCCACCUCGUGCUCCAUCGACCGAGCCUUAUGUUGAAAAAAGCUUAGUCAACUGA